GUUGUAUUUCAGUGAUAUUGAUACAUGGAGAAGUGGGCUAACUCAUUCUCCUGUCUGCCAAGCAAUGUUAACGUUUCUGAAAUUUGUGAUGGCUUAUUCCAGUAGCAUUAAGUAGAUGUUUGAUAGUCGUUCUCCUAGGUUCAUACGGUUUCCAAUGAAUAUUCAAGUUCAGUGACGGUUCUAUUGUUUCAGUGGUGAACACUUCUAUUAUUACUUCAUACCAUGGACUCAUACCAUAAUGAUGGACUUAAGCAGUUUAUAACACCCCUAAAUCGCUUCUCUGUUCCUCUAAAGUAUACAUUCUUCCUUGUUUUGGGAUUUGGGAUCUAUCUUGUCCGGCCUGUCCUCUCUCUGCAAUCUGUUCACCUGCUAAUGGCUGCUGUAGCUGAUUUGUUAGCCAGCUUGUUUGCGCCUUUAUGAAGAAUUGUCCCAAUCCCAAGUACUCAGGUUUGGUUCUGUACCCUUAUGAUGCACUCAUGUCUGAUUUGUCCCACGUGUGCUGUGAUUGGUCAAAACGUAGAAAUCCAGCAGAAAUCUUCGACUAUGUCAUCGGCUGCUUAUUUUGGUCAUGAUGCUUCUUUUUAAAAAGAUCUGCAACAUGGUGGCAGUAUUGGAUGUAAUCACCAAUUUGGAGAAAUUUCCCAUCACCAAAGAAGCACUUGAGGAAACUCGCCUAGGAAAACUGAUCAAUGAUUUAAGGAAAAAAACAAAAGAUGAAGAUUUAGCGAAACGUGCCAAGAAACUUUUGCGCAACUGGCAGAAACUUAUUGAGCCAGGCCAGAAUGACACACCUACACGGUCAGCUCCAGGAACCCCAGGGUCUGCUAAUGGUGGUGCCCACCCAUGCAGAACGGACAUCACGCCACUUACUGUACCACCACCAGGGAAGAUUGGCCCUGAGGUCAAAAAUCGAAAUGACAUCCACAACACCUACUCUCCCAAAGCAGAGAAGUCAGGUAGUCGCAAGCGCAAGGAUGAGAACAGGGACAGUCUCCACCCACCUGCAAAAAUGCCUAAAACCUCUGCAUACGAGCAGAUGUCUUCCUGCACCUCACCGUCAACCAAUGGAAUUGGAGGCAGCCCAGAGACUCCUUCAGAAAGGGAUACCCUCCAGCCCUCUGACAGAAACCGCACUGAGCACCUUGAGAAUGACCGACACAGUAAGAUUCCUGUCAACGCUGUUAGGCCUCACUCUAACUCCCCAGGGCUAACCAAACUGCCUAGCACUUCGUCCCUGAUCAAAACGGCAGUCCUACAGCAGCAUGCCAGAUUGGAAGGUGGCAGUGGAGGACCGCAUCAGCCCAAAAGCCCUCGUUUCUCCUCCCACAGCCCCCGCAGCGCAGCGCAGGAGAUGCUCUCCAAGAGGUCUUCAACUUGCGCCCCUAAGGAGAGUCUCUCCAGCCCAUCGCCUAGCUCUGCUCAAGUGCCCUCUCCCUCGCCCGUCUUGCAGUCGUCACUGUCCCCGGCCACAGAGUGCUUUGCUGUGGAACGCUCUCCAACACGACACGAACCCUCUCUGCACUUCCAUGGUUCCACAGAGCCUGCCUACCACCCCCAACACAGCACUGUAACGCAAGAGUGUCCCCCGGGCUCUUUGCAAGCCUCGCAUAUUCAUAAAGCCCCUGACUCUCACAGACACGGCACCUCUGUGGAGGCCAGUGCGGGGGAAUGUGAAGUUGUGACCUCAUGCCCCGAUGGUAAAAGGAGUAAAAAGUACAGGUCUAGAGACUAUGUAGUCAACCUUCAAGGGCAGCCUUUAGAGGACAAGACAAAGCCUGUGCGCUUAAAAGAGCGAAGGUUGACCUUUGACCCUGUGACUGGUCAGAUAAAACCCCUCACCCCAAAAGAGUCCCACUUUGAGGAAGAAAGCCCAGUGCCGCAACCGCCGCCGCCGCUGCCGCCACCACCACCCCCUGCCGCUGAGCCCAAUCAGCAAAAGCCCCCCGCGCCUCUCCCCAGCCCCUUCCAACAGACAAACUGGAAAGAGCUGUCCAGGAAUGAAAUUAUCCAGUCAUACCUUAACAUUCAGAGCAAUGUGCUCACCUCCUCUGGGGCACAGACCCACGGAGCUCACUUUUUCAUGACAGAAUAUUUAAAACGAGAGGAGCACGACACAAAGGAGACCAGAAAGACCCACGUGUUGGUGCCCAGCAAACCUGAAUCAGACUUGCCUGGUGUGACCAGGGACGUGUCUGAGGACGACCUUAAUAGAAUAAACACAAGUCACUGGCCAGGGGUCAAUGGUUGUUGUGAUACUGUGGGCACCUGGUAUGAUUGGACAGAGUGCAUAGCCUUGGACCCACAUGGAGAUGAGGGUAAAUUGAACAUCUUGCCAUAUGUCUGCCUAGACUGAGAGAACUGGGCCUCUCUUGUCUUUUUUUUUUUUUUUUUUUUUGUCUUCAUGAAAAAGUGACAUGUCCUUGAUUGUACUAACUAUGAUCUGGCAAUGUCACAACCACAGUUGCCCCCUCUGGCCUCCCUUGUAUUUGUCAAUCAGAAUGGUGAAAUGGGAUGCUGAGUGUGCAGAGGUGGCAGGUUGUGAUUUUCCAUGCAUGGUUUUGCAAAGGCGCUCCAUUACAAAGUGCUGCUAGAAUUGCAGGCAAGAGGUCUAAAGAAAUACAGAGAUUGGGUGUAGUUGGCCAGUUAUUGCACGGGUGUGUGGGAAAAGCAGUCAAGGAUUACGACAAGCACAGGUAAGACUGAAAGUGUCCAGCAAGUCAGAAAGAAUUUAACUUGUUUGGAAGUUACAAGAAGCUUUAUGUGACUUAAAAAAAUAAUAAAUUAUAAUUUUUCUUAUCA